GGGGCGUGGUUACAGUAGACGUUGACCUUCGAACUAUUGAUAUCAACCAAUGCGAUGAUGGGGGCGGGGUCUUCGCUGGGACGCAUAAAUGCAGCAAUACAACACAGUGUGUUCACAUCCCCGGCAAGGGAUUUGAGAGUGGUUCCUACAAAUGCGUCUGCAGAGCUGGCUUCUAUUUUCCAGACAAGACUCACGAACAUGGAUAUUACAAAGGAACCGACGUGGAGAAGCAGGAAGGCGGGAGUUUUGAAUGUCUGCCGUGCAGGGAGGGGUGUGAUACAUGCGUGGAUGACUCCCCAUGCUUCCUGGAGAAUGAUAUCUUACUGCGGAUCCUUAUACUCGGCGUGCAGGGUCUGUGUAUCUUCAUGACUGGGGCAUUGAUGGUGGUGGUCUUCAAGUAUAAGAAUCUCAAGGUCAUCAAUUGUGAUAGUCCAUGGAUGCUCAUAGUCGUCCUCCUUGGAGGUUUUCUUCUAUACUCUGAGCUCGUCGCCAUGUUCUUCCAUCCGAGUGUAGUGGUGUGCUUCAUGCAACGAUGGUUGCGAGGCUGGGGAUUUGCUAUCGCCUACGGUAUGCUCGUGCUAAAAAUAUACAGAAAACUCGCCAUCUUCCAAACACGCUCAGCCACACGAGUUCUGGUUCGUGACCGGGAUGUCCUGAAAUGGUUGGUCCUGAUUGUUGUCGUGCUGUCCGGGUACCUGGCCGCAUGGACCGCCUUCUCUGUUCAGAAUGUCAAGAACUGCAACGUUGAUGUUGUGGACGUAAGAAUAGCAGAAGACGGGAUGAAGUUCAGUGUGUGUUUGAUGGAGUGGUGGGACUAUGUUAUUGAAAUAAUUGAGUUUCUGUUUUUGCUGUUUGGAAUCUACCUGUGUUACUCAGUCCGUGCAGCACCAAGUGAAUUUCACGAGACUCGCUACAUCAGCAUAGCUAUAUAUAACGAAACGAUCUUCUCUUCUUUUCUCUACGUUUCUAGACAUUUCGUGUGGGGCAAGGUAGCCCCUGAUUGGAUAUACCUCACGUACUUCCUUCGCUCUCAGCUGACGACCACCGUUAUGCUAGCGCUCAUCUUUAUUCCAAAGAUAAAGGUAAUUCAUAAGCUGUUGCAUGACGAGUCAUUCAGAGAGCGUGUCAACUCACGUGUCGUGUAUGAUGGCAAGUGGCAUAACUCCUUCCGUCGGCCAAACUCUAGUUCCUCCAACAUGAACAAUGAUCACAACUUCAGUCCGGAAGAUGUCAGGGAGGAACUCAAACGUCUUUACACUCAACUCGAGGUCUACAAGACAAAGUCUCUACGCAUCGACAACCCUCAUCUGCCAUCCAAAAAGAAGAGCGGAGUGUCCAAGUGGCGGGCACCACGCCGUUUCUCCCGGGGCUACAGCCUGCGUACCCACAGCGGUCACUCGGAGAGCGAGCGGUCAUCUGAAAUCGCCAGGAGUAACGAGAGUUUGGGGAAAGCAGUCGAGCUUCACGACUACCGAGUCAAUCACGUCGAACCAGGUGACCAAUCACAUUGCAGCAGCCAGAAAUGGCUUUGUCAGCAAUGACAGAAAAUUGAGCUGUAAAAAUCAUACACAUUAUAUUCUAUGCUCAAGCUGAUUUUGAAAAUUUAUACCGAAUCUUUUAGACUUCAUUUGCAAUAUUGAGAAUGAGCAAAUGGUGUAAUGCAAAUCUCCACCUAGAUAUUAUGUGGACCUUGGUUAUCUGACUGAAAAACUGGCUCCACACUAUUUUGCCAGCCAGACUGCCUCAAAGGUAUCUACUGGGCUACAUCCUCGCUACCAUGGGCAGCGCGCCGUAUCACGCUAGCUCUGCGUACGUCUCUAACCCCUGGGAGGGAAACUCUGAUCCGUGUCGUUGAUUGGCUAUCAUAUACGCGCAAAAUAAAAAACGCUGUGCGUCUUCAAAAAGCUCUAUACGCCGAAACGCGUGUGUAUAAAGAUGUACGUAUUCACGUUUUUUGUCAUGCAACACUGAACGCCAAGGCAAGUUUAGGACUUUUAUUACACACAGCGCAUCCACGCCCAACAUAAAACGAAUCAACAACAGGACUAAUUGUAAUAUCCCUUAUAUUUGGCUAUUUUGGCGUUACACUUCCAGAGGUUAUGAUGGAGCAAGGCAUGCUGGAAAAAAAUGGCGCGGCGAGAUCGAUCACCCCUGGGAACGAGGUUGACUGGGCUAGCAUUAGUGCAUGGGUUUCUUCUGUUUGUACAGGUUGUAUUAUGUAGAAACCCCAUGACUUGUGCGCAGUGGACUUAACCUCCACACAGACUGCUGUGGUAGUACGUGUAUGUGAAAGGAGCUAUAGUUACCAUGGUUUUAAGGUGAAAAAUUGGGUAAAAGUUAAGGUUACCUGUAUGAAUAUUGGCAUCCUUAAAUUAUUUCAAAAAUCUCAAUAAAAUAUCAUAUCCUUUGUUUUGACUUGUGUUUUGAAAUCUCAAUUAACUUGAGCAUGGAACAUAUCUUUAAAGGCACUGAACACUAUUGGUACUUACUUGAUGAGCAAUG